AUGAAACAGUUGAAACCAUAACCGGAGAGGUACGAGCGCCGCCGGAACAUUAUCGAAGACAAACAGGGAGGAAGAAACUCAUCUAACUCACGGUCACCACACAGAGUGAAGAUGAAGCUCUAUUCAUUGUCCAUGCUUUGUUUGUCACUUCUCUUGCUUAAUACCCCUUUCUCGCUGACCAGGGGAAGGGGAGGGAGAGGAAAAAGUUCGGGCAGCAAAAAAGUCUCUUCGGGCACCAAUACAGGAUACAAACCCAAAAAAGACUCCACCCCUCAGGGUGGCCAUCCAAAACAAAACAAUCAGGGCAGUCCUGGGCAGCAAGGCAAUUAUCCCAGACAACCAGGUGCAGCAGGCAACCCUAACCAGUAUCCGGGACAAGGUUCUCCGUAUGGAGGGUAUGGAGGAGGUUAUGGAGGCUAUGGAGGAGGUUAUGGAGGGUAUGGAGGAGGUUAUGGACGGUAUGGAGGAGGUUAUGGAGGUAAUGGUCCUUCUGAGAAAUCCAGAGGGUUUGCUCGCAGUGCAGUAGUAGCUGCAGCUGGAGGUGCGGUGGCAGGAACGGCCCUGGGCUAUGGGUUAGGACAGUUCCCCCGUCCUCACUUUAAUGUCCGCAGCCCUCAAGAGGAGUAUUAUUACAAACAGUACAUGCACAGGAACCAUGGGUCUAAAACCAAAACUAAUAGAAAUACUAACAAAAAUACUAAUACCAAUACUAAUACCAAUACUACUGAAUACCGCAGCGACAAAGCAGGACAUGCCGUAUUUACUCAACCCGUUCAGAGUUAUGAAGACUACAUGGAUGCCUGUAUGAAGAGGUCUGACAUUCUGCCGGUGAAAACUCAAAAGCCCCAAAACAAACCAGCUACAACUGCCACAGCUAUGACCAAAACUAACACGUCUACUCCUGUGACAUCAGAGAGCAACGACACUGCCACAGAAAACCCCUCGACCCCUACCCCUACAAGUCCAGGCCCUCCAAAUCAGCCCGAAGAUGAUGACACGGUCAGCAUUGUGGAGAUCGGCUACCCGGCACUGAUCGAGCAGGUGAAAACCAGGAGAUGCUUGGAGUUGUACAUGGCUUACUCCAUGAAGUACAUGAGACAGGAAGGGCCAAAAGACGGGAGUACAGGAGGUGUAGAAGGAUUGGAGAUGGGCUUUCAAAGACUUUUAGCAGUAGUUACAAGUGCUAUACUGAUGCUACUUAACAGCAAUGUACCUGUGCUGCUGCACUGAGAUGUUCAUUUGACAUUAUGGAGAAUAUGUUCAUGAAUAAGUAAAGAUGAAAGAUGAUAAGAUGAAAAAUAACUUGGUGGAAAGGAACCUGUAAUCCUUUCUUUAUUUUGUGCUGACUUCUGCUUUGAGAUUUUAUACUUUAUUUUAUACUUUAUGCUUCAUAUAAAGCAAACAUUAAUGGCGCAGAUAGCUGACUUGUGAUUACAGAAGAAAUUAAAAUGGUUACAAAGUCUUUUCCUGUAACUGUAAAACAAAAUGAGCUAAAGGGUUGUUUCUUAUGGGAGAAUGUGAAUGUUUUCAUGAAUCCUAAAGGCUUGCACUUUUUCCUUGUCAUGUUAAAUAAACGGAAUAGCUUUACUAACUUGUACUUCUGGAUAUUUCAUUGCUUCGGAGCUGGCAAGUGACAAUGUCUCGUAGCAUAAGUGUUAUGAAAAACUUGUGUUACUCAUUUACAACCAAAAGUAGAGUCAGCAUUGGAUUAUGCAUUUAUAUGUUAUUGUAUCCAUCCAGCACCUCCAAAUCUGGGAUCAUGAGCCCGUCCAGGCCUCCUCCACACCAUUAUUGUGUUGGGUAAUGACAUAAUUUUCUCUUGGGGAAUAUGCUACACUAAGCUAGAUGUUGUGAUGGGUUUUUCUUUCCCAUUUAAAGGAUCAUGUGAUCAUUCAGCUCCGUAUUAGUCUGUAGAUUUCCAGACAUUCAAUGAUCCCUAACAAAUUUAUCAAACUGUGUGAUUUGGACCCCUAAUGGUCCCGGUCUCUCUGAUAGACUUGCUUUGUAAAGAAUGGUCUAUUUUACUUGUACCGAUUCCCUCAAUGCCACAUUUAAACCUUUAACCUGCUUCAUUACAGAAAUAAUUAAGAACUAGCAAACACUUAUCAGCUCAAAUUAAAUAUGAACCCCUGAAAAUAGGGCACCGUGUAUAAAAAUGGCUGCGGCUCCAUAAAGGUUAAUGCAAUAUUCUUGUUAAGCAUUUCAAAUUAAAGCUGGCCGUCUGCACGUUGACCUUUUAUUGAUUUUAUAACUGUAGGUCCAGUGUGUUGGUGCACAAAAUACCAGACAUAACUGUGGUGCUGUUGCAAAAUAAUUGCACUAUUUUGAUUUUUACACUUAAAUGUUUCAGAUAAUCAAAUCAAUUUUUAUAUUAGACAAAGAAACCCGAGUAAAUGCAAAAUGCAGUUUGUAAAUGACGAUUUCUUUUAUUAGGAAGAAAAAAGCUGUUCAAACGACCUGAAACCAUGUGAAAAAGUAAUUGCCUCUCCUUGUUAGAUUAUAAAUUAACUUUGAUUAACCACAUUUUUUUUGGAAAGCUCAGUUCAGUUUCACUAGCCACACUUAGCCCCGAUUAUUGCCCUCAUAACACAAUGCUCCGUGUCACAAUCUAAAGAAACUCAAGAACAAAUGAGAAACAAAGUCACUGACGUCAGUCUGAAAAGGAUUACAAAGGUUCCUAAGGCUUAAUAAUAAUCUAAAAUAAUCUAAAAUGAUGCGGUUAGCAUGGAGAAUAAAUGUCAACACGAAGCUAUAUCACACAUUUAUUUUACAUUCAUAGCAGUAUUAAAUAUUAAAGAGCAUUCUUUAAUAAAAUCUACAAAUGAUCAUAAAACAUUUAAUUUAAUUAUGCAAACAUUGUCAAUGAAAGCAAUACUUAAAAAUAUAACCUAUAUACAAUAUACAGCAUAGGCGAAAUUAUGUAACAAUGAAAAAAAUAUUUAAAUUUGGUAAUUAGAAAAUGACAUUAACAUCUAAUCCUGACAUUGUUCCUUGAGGUAGACUUAACUUAAAACAGAUCUAAUUAAUUCCUGCUCUAUCUUUACAGACUGUAGUCAUCACCAUCACUGCCAUCACCAAAUGUAUAAAAACA